UUAGCCCAAGUAAUCGAUAGCGGUUUCAAUGAAUUUGUGUUUCUUUCUUCUAAAUUGAUCCUGCUUGUGUCUAUUUGAUUUGAUUAUGGAAGUUGGCAAUUGGGUUUGACCGGUAGUUUCUGAUUUUUGGUAUAGCUUGAAAACAUGAACACAAGGGUCAUUACUAGGAAAGCUCCAAUUCCAAUUUAAUAGCACAUGAGAAAAGUAAUUGAAGUUGCUGAAGUCUGAAGUCAGACAAGGGUAGAUGAUGCAGGGAAGCUUGAGAAAUGCACAUAAAAGGGGGAAAGCCUCUAGCAGAGAAAGAAAAUUGGCAUUGCAACAGGAUGUGGAUAGGUUGAAGAAGAAGCUUAGGCAUGAAGAGAACAUUCACAGGGCAUUGGAGAGGGCUUUCAAUAGACCUUUGGGAGCUUUGCCUCGUCUUCCUCCUUAUCUCCCUCCUUAUAUACUGGCCCUUCUGGCUGAAGUGGCAGUUCUGGAAGAGGAAAUUGUUAGGCUUGAAGAGCAGGUUGUUCAUUUCAGACAGGAUUUGUACCAGGAAGCUGUCUACAUGUCAUCUUCUAAGAGGAAACUGGAACACUCAGUUUCAUCUCCUUCAAACAAUUCAAACCCAACAUUGGAUAGUCCCAAGUUGGAUAAAUUGAAGUCUCUUUACCAUUCAGCUGGUAAUCCAUCUGCAGCUAGGCCUGCCACAACACUCACUGAGGAUAGACAAGGGAAAGAGAAUCAAUCCUGUACUAAUUCUUCCAAAAGCAGGCAACAAUCCUCCAACCAAAUGACCAAAACUCCAAUUAAAAAACUCCAUUUUGACAAUAAAUCACCGCAGAAAAGGUGUCAUCCUUCAAAAGGGAAGCAAGAACCAAGGGUGAAUAGCCAGAAAAUUGUAGAUGUAAGAAAUCCUAGUCUACGUAAAAAUUCACAAGAAGUUGACAGCCCAAAUGUAAUUUCAGAGAAUAUUCUAAAGUGCUUAUCAAGCAUUCUCUUGAGAAUGAGUUCUGUGAAGAAUCCAGGUUCUGCUGUUGACAUACCAUCCUUAUGGGGUUUAAAACCUCAAAGCUGUGUUGAAGGAACCGAGUAUUGGGAUCCAUAUGGUAUCUGUUCGGAAUUUGAAAAGAGGGACAUUGGUCCAUACAAACAACUAUGUGCAAUUGAUGCUAAAUCUUUCAAUCCAAAACGAACUGCAAAUACUUUGUUUUUGCUAAAUCGGUUGAAACUUCUAUUUAGGAAACUAGUUUCUGUCAACUUAGAGAACCUCAACCAUCAGGAGCAGCUUGCAUUCUGGAUCAACAUCUAUAACUCGUGUAUGAUGAAUGCAUUCAUAGAGAAUGGCAUACCAGAGAGUCCUGAAAUGGCAGUUGCACUGAUGAGGAAGGCAACAAUAAAUGUGGGUGGACACGUGCUAAGUGCAACAACCAUAGAGCAUUUCAUUUUAAGACUUCCCUAUCACUGGAAAUUUACAUUUUCCAAGGGAACAAAAAAUCAUGAAAUGACAGCAAGAAGCAUGUAUGGACUGGAAUUGUCAGAACCCCUAGUAACAUUUGCUCUAUCUUGUGGAACUUGGUCCUCUCCUGCUGUGAGAGUUUACACAGCAUCCCAGGUUGAGAACGAACUGGAAGUGGCCAAAAGAGAGUACUUACAAGCAGCAGUUGGAAUUUCAACUUCAAAGUUUGCUAUCCCAAAGCUAUUGGAUUGGUAUCUACUGAACUUUGCAAAAGACUUGGAAUCAUUGCUGGAUUGGAUCUGCCUCCAAUUACCAAGUGAACUAGGGAAAGAAGCCAUUAAAUUCCUUGAGAAAAGAAAAACUGAGCCCCUCUCACAGUUUGUACAAAUUAUGCCAUAUGAGUUCAGCUUUAGAUACUUAAUUUGCACAUAAUUUCACACCAGUUUUCUUUACAUUGCAAUUUUGUAUACAGCUGUAGAUCAUACAUAUAAAGAAUGUAGAUGAUCAACAGUUCUUCCU